CAAACUCAGUCAAAAUCAAAAUCAAAAUCAAAAUCAUAAUCCUAAUUUAAUUUACUUACAUUUUCACUCUCUUUCUUUCUUUCUUUCUUUCUCCUUCACAAAAGUAGAAAAAUAAAAAACAAACUGAGUCACACAUUCACCACUGAUCGAGCUGAGUUUGAAUCCACAUUAAGGAUGUCAAUUGGGAAAAAGCUCUGAUAAUUUUCGGCAAUGCACAAGGUGGGUAGUGUAGGGAACCUAAAUAAUUCAACUCGCCCGCGUAAGGAGAAGAGGUUGACAUAUGUGUUGAAUGAUGCUGAUGACACAAAGCAUUGUGCAAGCAUAAAUUGCUUGGCUGUACUUAAGUCCGCAGCAUCUGAUGGGUCUGAUUAUCUUUUCACUGGAAGCCGUGAUGGCAAGCUAAAAAGGUGGGCACUGGCUGUGGAUGCAGCGACAUGCUCUGCGACCUUUGAAUCUCACUCAGAUUGGGUAAAUGAUGCGGUUCUUGUGGGUGAUAGUACACUUGUUUCUUGUUCUUCAGAUACAACCCUUAAGACAUGGAAUGCUUUGUCCACAGGAACAUGUACUAGGACGCUCUGCCAACACUCAGAUUAUGUUACUUGCCUUGCAGCAGCUGAAAAGAAUAGCAAUAUUGUUGCCUCGGGUGGCCUUGGCGGGGAGGUUUUUAUAUGGGAUAUUGAAGCUGCACUUGCUUCAGCUACAAAGUGCAAUGAGGCUAUGGAUGAUGAUACUUCAAAUUUUGUCAAUAGUUCUGGCAACUCAUUGCCAAUGACUAGCUUGCGUACCAUUGGCUCUAGCAACAGUAUAUCGAUGCAAGCUCAAACUGAAGUAUACAUUCCGGUUACUGCCAAAGGCCAUAAGGAAUCUGUUUAUGCAUUGGCAAUGAAUGAAGGUGGAACACUUCUUGUUUCUGGUGGUACAGAAAAGGUUGUACGUGUUUGGGAUCCAAGAUCUGGAUCAAAGACUAUGAAGCUAAAAGGGCAUACAGAUAACAUUAGGGCUUUGCUUCUGGAUUCUACUGGCAGGUUUUGUUUAUCAGGAUCUUCAGACUCUAUGUUAAGGCUUUGGGAUCUCGGUCAGCAACGUUGUGUGCAUUCAUAUGCGGUUCAUACAGAUUCUGUUUGGGCUCUUGCUAGCAACUCAACGUUUAGUCAUGUUUAUAGUGGUGGUAGAGACUCUUCUUUAUACUUGACAGAUUUGCAUACUAGAGAGAGUGUUUUGCUUAGCACUGGGGAACAACCAAUUCUUCAAUUGGCUUUGCAUGAUGAUAGCAUAUGGGUUGCAUCAACGGACUCGUCGGUUCACAGAUGGCCUGCUGAAGCAUGCAACCCUCAAAAGAUUUUCGAAAGAGGCAAUUCUUUUAUAGCUGGAAAUUUGUCAUAUUCAAGAGCGAGGGUGUCUCUAGAAGGAUCUACCCCUGUUCCUGAAUAUAAACAGCCUAUCUUGACUAUUCCCGGCAUCCCUGCAAUAGUACAGCAUGAAGUUUUAAAUAAUAAGAGGCAUGUGCUGACUAAGGAUACUUCUGGUUCAGUGAAGUUGUGGGAAAUCACGAAAGGUAUUGCAAUUGAAGAUUAUGGAAAGGUACCAUUUGACAAGAAAAAGGAAGAGCUAUUUGAGAUGGUUAGCAUUCCUGCAUGGUUCACAGUGGAUACUAGACUUGGAAGUUUGUCUGUGCAUUUGGACACUCCCCAGUGCUUUGCUGCAGAGAUGUAUUCACAAGAGCUUAACAUUGUAGACAAGCCUGAAGAUGAUAAGAUUAACUUGGCUCGAGAAACACUUAAAGGACUCCUGGCUCAUUGGUUGAGAAAGCAAAAGCAAAGGAUGGGAACUCCUGCUUCUGCUAAUGGGGAAUUAUUAUCUGAAAAUGAUAUUGGUACUAGAAGUCUUUCACAUUCAAGAAUUGAGGUUGAUGGAAGUUCUGAGAAUGAUACUAUGGUUUAUCCUCCUUUUGAAUUCUCAAUUGUUUCCCCUCCUUCCAUUAUUACCGAGGGAACUCAUGGAGGUCUGUGGAGGAAAAAGAUUACAGAUUUAGAUGGAACUGAGGAUGGUAAAGACAUCCCCUGGUGGUGUGUGGACUGUGUAUCGAGUAAUCGGUUACCUCCUAGAGAAAAUUCCAAAUGCAGUUUCUAUUUAUAUCCUUGUGAAGGCUCUAAUGUUCAGAUCCAUACUCAAGGGAAGCUAAGUGCUCCACGUAUAUUAAAAAUUCAGAAGGUUAUUAAUUAUGUUAUAGAAAAGUUGGUGCUUGACAAACCUUUGGAUAGUGUCAAUGCCGAUGGUAGUUUUCCCCCUGGUAUUGCUGGAUCACAGCUACAGCACCAAACAGUUGGGGAUGGAUCUUUCCGAUCUGGCGUUAGGCCUUGGCAAAAAGUUAGACCUUCUAUUGAAAUAUUGUGCAACAAUCAGAUAUUGUCUCCAGAAAUGAGUUUAGCCACAGUGCGGGCUUAUAUAUGGAAGAGAACAGAUGACCUAGCCCUACAUUACAGAGUAAUUCAUGGGAGGUGAUUGCAAAUGGCGCUUUCGUUGAUGGUGGUUUUCUUCUGAUUGAGUUAAAACACUUCUGAUUGAAUCUAGUCGGGUGCUUGAUUUGAUCAAUAGCAUUGUAUGAGAAUUGUAUAUUCUAAACUCUCAAUGAUAACCAAAUUUAGUAGCAUUAUUCAAACCUGCUUGAAUAGAUUUUGUGGUGUUGAAAUUUGUGACUAAUUUUAUUUUUUGAAUUACAUCUAGCUGGAACAUACUUUCAGUGGACAUGACCAGGACUCGUGAAUUUUGUGUCUGCAAGAUGAAGAGAGUUUUCUAAUUGGCUCUAUUGGGUAUUAGUGGGGAUCAUAUGGGUAGGUAGCAAAUUUAGGGAUGACAACAAAAAUAUUGUACAUUUGAUGUGUAUGUUAAAUACCUCAACGUAGAAAUUAUGUUAUUUUCCUUCAUA